CUUCAGCAAAUCUAAAUUAUGAACAAUCAGUAUUUUUGUUAGCAAAAAAUUCAAAAUUAAAAAAAAAAAAACAACAAAAAAAAUUAAAUUAACUAAGCUUACUAAAAAUUUCGCACAACAUGUACUGCAAAAAUAGUGAAAGCAAUGAAGAAGAAAACAAAGAUCGCAGUUACGUCUCUCAUUUGGAAAACAAACCGAAUGCGACUACUAGUUCCAACGAACCGAACGCACAGAAGACUAAAUGGUUGCCUUCAUCCGAGAAAGAAACUUACCGUACAGUUGUGGUAAAUUAUCGAUAUGCCAAAAUGGAUAAAAAUUAUCCUCGUAACACCGGUGCGAUAUCAAAGAAAAAACAUUGGAAUCGUAUGAUUGCCGCUUUGACAGCCCACCAGCAUAGUGACGAAGAAGAAGCAGCUGAUGAUGAUGAUGUGCCUAAUUUGAGAAAACUUUAUGAUUGCUCCAAAGAAGAAUUGUGCACAUACAACACCACAGAUACACCGAAACCUUCAUGUGAGAAUUUAACUGCAGCAUUCCAGGAAUCACCGAAGGAAGCCAUCGAGUUGGAAGUAUACUGCUUGCCAGUUGAACAAGAAGCUAUAGUGGAAGAACCGGUAGUGAAUACAAUUGAAGAAAGUGAAAUCAAAUCAGAGACAUUCAAAGAUGAUACAUACAAUUAUGAUGAAACUAAAUCACAGGAGAACUCGGAUGAAUGUGUUGAGGAAGCAACCGAUAACUCAUUUGAAACGACUCCAAUAUCAAGAAAUAAUCCCUCAUUUUCAGAUUUUGUAUUUCUGGCUGACCAUGAAAUUGGCGAAACACCAGACUUCGAUGCGGAUUAUUGUUGUGCCAUGACUAAGGAUAAAAUGGAUGGCACACAGCAGACUUGCAUCAUCAAAAACACUACAAGAUCGACGCAAAAACCUGAACGAAAUAAUGAACAGUUGCAGACUAUUAAAACGGCUCAUAAACGCGCAACAAGUGCACUCAACCAACAAAACUGUUUAGAACUAACGGUAGCAGAAAUACCAAAGGAAACUGGCAAGCCAAAAUCUACUCAAAAUCCAAGUGGCUUCCGUCAGCGGCAACAGGAACUUCACCAUUAUCGCAUUGCAGUGGAACAAAAACGUUUGGAAUUACUAGAAGUAAAAUUACAACGCGAACGUGAUGAGAUGUUGCGCGAACAAAUACUCUUCGAAAAAGAGAUCGAAUUCAAAACGUCACAAAUAAGACAGCUCAACGAUGAUAAAAUCGUUGACAUAUUGUGAGGUUAUGCGCGAUGCAUCACUUCAAACCGGAAAAGUGCGACCAGUAAAGGAAAUAAAGAUUCUAAGCAAAAAAGUAAAUCAACGUUAAAUUGCAAAAUACACUUAUUUCACAUGAAUAACAAAAAAGUAAAGAUACAAAAUUAAAGUAUGUUACUAUUGUAGCAAAUUUUAUUUUAUAUACCAAAUCUAUAAUUUAAAUUUCCUUUUAAAAUAAAUAAUUCAUACAACAACAAAGUUGA